UAUAAACGCACGCUCUUGCGUGUGGCUCUAACUCUAUAGAUCCCAGCAUAUCUCUCUUUCUCUGUAGCUCUGACUUGGAGUUGGUGUCAUCAAAGAUACAUACCCAGUGGAUUAUCACAAGCUUGAACGCUCAGAAUGUUCACCAUCGUAUUACAUGUACUCUUUGUGACUUUGUGUCUGCAACUGCAACAAGGUGUGUCUGGUCCUCAAUGCUUGGAGCAUCCACCGAACCUUAACGGAACCUCAGGAGCUGGAUCAGUCAUUAAAGUUGGAGGCUUGAAGGCCUAUGUUACUGGCCCUUCUCAUUCCAAGCUUGCCAUAAUCCUCGCCUCUGACGUCUAUGGAUUUGAAGCACCAAACUUAAGGAAAAUUGCAGAUAAAGUUGCUAGCACUGCUGGAUUCCAUGUUGUGGUUCCAGACUUCUUUUAUGGAGAGCCAUACAAUCCUAACAACACUCGGAGGAAUAUGACAGUCUGGCUAAAGGACCAUGGAACAGACAAAGGUUUUGAAGAUGCUAAACGUUUAAUUGCUGCUCUAAAGAACAAAGGGGUAUCCAAGAUAGGAGCUGCAGGGUUCUGUUGGGGCGGCAAAGUAGUUGCGGAGCUAUCAAAGGGUUAUUACACUAAGGCUGCAGUUUUGUUACACCCUUCCCGUGUCACUCUUGAUGAUAUUAAAGCGGUUAAGACUCCAAUAGCCAUAUUGGUUGCUCAAUUUGACAACGGCACUCCACCUGAACUCAUGAAACAGUUUAAGGAGGCUUUAUCCACUAAUAAGGUUGACAACGUUGUGAAAAUAUUUCCUGGUGUUUCACAUGGAUGGACUGUUAGGUAUCAAGAUAACAAUGUGACCGCUGUCAAAAGUGCUAACGAAGCUCAUCAAGAUAUGUUGGACUGGUUUACCAAGUAUGUUCAAAAAAGAUAAUUCUGUGGAUUAUGAAAUGUCCGCAAUCAUUUACACUUACAAAGUACUCAAUAAAGAAUGGUGAGCAGGAAAAGUAAGAGAAAUGUAUGCAAGUUUUAAGCUGUUCUAAACUCGCUUCCUUUGGGAUUUCCAAAGUAGUUACUAAGGAACACUAUUUGGCAUUUCUAAAGUACCAUGUCAGGAUGUAUGAUAUGAAAUGGUAAUGUCAUUUGCACAAGAAUUGCACUA